UUGAUGUUUUUAGUUUUUUUUUUCUUUUUACCAUUCUGCUUAGCUUGACGUGUAUCUCAUGCGCCUAGUUUCUUGAAAAAUUAAUUCUGAUUUGCUUUAUUUUGCUUACUGAAUAUUUUAGUGGGUUAUAAAUGAAUUACUUGCUGAAAAAGUAAUACGUUGCGUGGACGAUUCGCUCGGUCUACCACUUAAAAGAUCACUUUUAUGUACUUCACAUUCGUUCUACCUCUCAUGUCAGAUUGCCUCGAUGUGCAGCCUAUAUGUACACAUCGAGUUAUAAGAACCACACUCUGUUUGGGCAUUUCAAGGCUGUUUUUGUGGUCCUUGUAAGGAACUUACUUGCCCUUUUUGUAACUGUUCCUUUUCCUGUAAAAAAAUGUCUUCGCCAAUUUAUAUUUUCAGAAGAUCUAAACCAUAAAAAUUGUGUACAGCAAACGUUACCCUACGAUUAGGGACUGUUCACUUGUAGCCCAUCAAGGACGAAAUUUUAGACUGCGACUAAAAUGUUUACUGGUGUCUACACACAGAACUACGGGCACCAGUGCUACAACAUAGUUACAGACAGGAACAAAGCACGCGGCCUAUGGAUACAAUCAGGAAAUAACAAUCUUGCUCACAAAUCCCAUUGAUCAAAUGAUACGACUGUGGAAGCCAGCGUCUACAAUACGUGGCAGUUGUGCCCCUCGUCUAUCUGACUGUUCGUCGCUGGUUGUAUUUAAUGGACUGUUUCAAACCAGUGGAUAUGGGCAGAUACGAGCUCAAAGCACGGAUCCAUUACGUGCGACGUCCACUGCCUCAGAAUGGUUCGUGCUAAAUCCACGUCUUGAACAAAAGAUCAAUUACAUAACGAAGCUAUAUGAAGAUUUUAUUGGCCUCACUGAGGUCAAAGCUGCGCAAGCCAAGGUAAUAUCAGCAGAGUCGGAAUUCAAAAUAGCUCAGAAUACUCGUACCACAAAACAACAAUGCAUGAUGGAGCUGCAACGUCAUUUAAGAGAAAUUCAUGCUGAAUUAGAUAAAACCGUCCGCGGAGAAGACCGGCACCUGCAGCUCGUCACGAAAGAACACGCCAUUCUCAAGGAGGAGCGCCUUCUAGUAAGCGAACUGCGAGCGACAGAAAAACGCGAACACGAGCUGUUCUCAUUGCUUUCGUUUGCACUAAGAGAGUCCCACGAAAAGGAGCGCGCCCAGGCUGAAAAAACCAAAUAUUGGUCCAUUAUUGGCUCGGUCGUUGGAACUAUUAUCGGAAUCGUUGCUAGUACCAUCAACAACCAAUAUCGUCUGCACCAGUUAAGGAAGCUUGUUAUAGACGCAACGUCUGAAACAGCCAAAUGCCGUGACCUUAUCAUGCAGAUUCAGGAAGGACUUAACAAGCAGAACGCACUCCUAAAAAAAAGUGCGUUGUUGAGUACACACUCCGUUUCGGCUGCUACUACUAAUAACUCUUCUAUAAAAAACGGAGCUAAUAGAAUCUUAGCGAAAAGUAAUGACGAAACACUACAAAACGAUACAAAUGUUAGCGGGUCAAUCGAUAAGUUUCACGAGCGGACUGUACAUCCUGAGAACGUCAUUUGGCAAACCCCACUUGUUAAGACAGCCUUGAUAUCUGCUACGCUUGUAAUGGUUCCACUCGUUGGCUGGAUGCUGACUAGAUAGAUAUCAGAGAGAAAUUACACUUCGCACAAACCUUUUUUCAUAUAUAUAUAUAUAUAGUACUGUAUAGAUUAUUGAAAAUGUAUGUAUCUGCUUAUAAAUUAUCCAACAAAUUUUUGAAAAGAUCAGCACGUUUAUAACUUACUUAUUAUCAUAUCACGACUUCAUUUGUAAUUAAGAAGUUUCAGCCCAGAACAGGGGGAGCAAUGUUAAAGCAAAUGUUGGAGUUACUUUGUAUUAUACACCAAUAAACACUAAAAGGCUUCUCUAAUCGAACCGAAUUAACUAAACCUAAACAAACUUGGAUGUGGCCUCGAUAACACUUGACGACCAUACUUUGAUUCAGUAACUUAGGCUUUUGUUUAAAGUUACCUCAAGUGUUGCCUAGUUAUUUAUGCAUGCGCUGACCUACUCCGAUUUCCACUUUUAGAUUAGCCACCGAAGCGGAAACUGUGAAGUCGAUAUACUUGAAUUAAUUACCAUGUUCCCAAAACAGGAUAGUCUUGCAGGGCGAAUUACAUGCAUCCUACAACGUGGUGAUUUAGAAACUAUCCAAAAUCGAGAAUUCUUUUUGAGGGAGGGGGAUUUGAUCCUAGAAUUAAAGUAAUGGCGGUUAUUUUACACUAGCACUAGUUCAGACGAUAAAAUGCAUCUAGCCUUUCGGAUCAAUGAAAAACGUAUCAGAUUGGUUUUCAUCAUAUGUCUUAUACAGGUAUAGUAAUAACAAAGAAUUAAGAUUUGAUGCAUGCCCCGAUUGCUGAGAGAGACGAGGUGUGAACAAAUCUAGCGCUAGCAAUGCAGCUCUAGUAGAAAAAAGCGACGCAUCAACAUUCUUAACUUAAACUGAAUAUUGUGUUAAAUUUUCGUAUUUCGUAAAUGUUUUUAUACACCAAGACGGAUUGAAGUUGACAUUCUUGCUAGCAAUAAAUUUGACGAUGCCGGAUUUGUCAAUUACAUAAGCAGUUUUUGUUAUUCAUGGAAGUAGUUAAGUUGAAUGGCGGAAUUUAGAUGAUGAGUAACCAUCUCAUGCUAUGCAAAUACCUCUUCAACCCGAACCUAAGAAUUACAGUCUGUGAUGCGCGACUGGUGCACGCUUCCAUCAAAGUUCUGAAUACGUUAGGAUAAAGGGACUGUUAACGGCCGCAGAGAAACUGGCUGGUUAGGCUAAACUUAUGAGCAACGAUGAGGCCACUAUCAAUUUAGGCAAUAACUCGACGGAGUCGUGAUGAGAUUUUGUAUUUUUUACAUUUAGGAAAAAUAUGACCGAAAUUGUUGACUUCAAAGCGUCAUAUUAAUAAAUGUGUUGUCCAGCAAGUUAUUCUGAAUAGCUUAAUAAGUUAAGACUUUUGGGCUCACUAUUUACUACUCUUUCAUUUAUAUCCAAGCCUUUCAUACUGCUGCAAGAAAUGAACCUAGUAACGACGGCUUCUGCGAAUUAAACUCAUUAACUUUAGGAACCCAUCAGCAACAAAGAAACCUUCUGAAAAAGAAAAUUUAGGUGAAAGUUGUUUAGCGUAUUGAAGUUUCUCAACACUUCGGAAAGCGUGUAUCUCUCAAAAAAUAUCAUAAGUCUUUUUAAGGCUCAUCUCUGGCUUUGCAACCGAAGUGGGCGAGUCACGUCUUCUUUGUUAGACUUCACUCAGAUUUAAAUUGUAUGGCUUUUAUAAAAGCUGGGCUGGUUUUUUGCUGAACUGAAGGUAACUCCACAACAUUGCGAGUAAUACGUUUCUAGCAUGAUUUCCAUGAGCCAAAUUACUCUAGCCCUAAGUCAAAAGAUAAACAGAUUAGCAUUAAAAAAGAACACUUUCUUUAGCCACAAAAAUAAUAAUUCCUUUUUAUCAAUGAAUCUUUAAAAAAUACAAAAACGACCUAUUAUCUUUGAAGUCAAAGCAGGUUUGGCUCACGAUAGGUGGCGCUGUCUACUAGUCACCCUCCGGUUUUACCUAAUCUGAGCCGCUAAAGACGCAAUUACCUAGUAAUGAUCGAGCAGAACUCGUCAAAAUUGUGAAUUAUACCACCCCAGGAGGAAUUGGCGUUCGAUAACCUGAACAAUUGCCAGAUUGUAAACCUCCUACUAAGGUCCGGUUGAUUUUAAUCGAGUACGAUCAACUAUUACAUGAGAAAUUCGGGUAAAUUUGUGGUAAAAUGGAAAAAAACAACUAAUUUAUACAAUAUUGGCGCCCUAGUGCUAGUUUAAAUCAAACUGCUGACUUAUUCAUCUAAGUUUCAUAGCAUAUCAUUAUUAUAGUAAUUGCAUUAGAGUGCGUUUCAAUAACGACGGCUGUUUAUAUAUGAUCUCAAUUCAAAACUAUUACAGGCUAUCUUUUUUUUAAAUAAUUAUUUAGAAUCCAUGCAUAUUUAUUCGUUAUUAUUUUUCUUGCCUACCUGGCUUUUAUUUUCGGAUUUGAAUCUAGAAUGACAUUGAUUUAUCUUCCUGCUUCGAUUAACCGAAAAACUGCAUCGUAUGCAUCUCGGCAUUAUACAUGGCCCCACUAACUAUAGUGCACCUUAGUGCUAAAUAGCGCCUCUAGUAGACGCAUUUAAAGCUACUCUGGGUACCUAAUAUUAAGGGUAUGUCCGGAGUCAGCUUUUUCCAAUUCAGCAACCAAUAGUAGCACUGGAUAUAAAAAAGCCUUAUUUUCUCUUUUUGUUUUUUUAGUUUGGGUUAGAAUUAACUGUAUGUCGUUCAUGUGGCAAGUAUAAAUUCAAAUAAAACACAAUAAAUGUAGUCAGCUGUGCUUUUUUUGUACCCUGAGUAUUCCUAUCUUAUUCCUCGUUUUGGUUUGGGUUUUUCUGUUUCAACAAAUGUUGUAGUCAAUUCAUCCCUGGGAUUGUUUAAACGCAGGUUAAAAUAUUUGGAAACGCUACUAUACGUUAGAAUACGAUGUAUAGGCGAUAGGGAAGAUUAAGCCAAGGCUGGUGUUACAAUAGUGCCAAAAUCCUAGUUAUAAAUGUGAUCAGGAAAAUAAUGUUUCUAUUAAGAGUAUACCAAUCUUCAAGUUUUGAACAUAAUAGAGCGCCUUUUAGAAUGAUUGUGUCAUCCUGCUUGUAUCACUGAGAUCUAUCAUUGACAGCCGUUAAAGGUAAGGCAAAAACUUGCUUGGCGGCAGUAAAGAGAUCAAAUAGUUUCGUAGAAAGAAAAAUCGUAUAAAUGCUAACUUUAAGAAUUAAUUUAUCAAAAAACCUUUGCGGCACAUCUGACAGGCAAACAUAUGCGUUUUGAAGAUAGUAUAUCUAUUACGAUAUAUCCAUUAAUAAAACUAUGCACAAGAUUCAGC